AUGGGUCUCAUCAAAACUGGUCUUACUUUGGCUGGGGGCUACGGCCUUAUCAAAGCCGCCUCCAAAGCUGCACAUGAAUACGAGGACAAGAAGGACAAGCGCUACGGCCAAAACCAACCUCAGUCCUAUCCCAACCAGCAAUAUAACCCGGGUUAUAAUCAGCAAAUGGGAUAUUCGUACCCAAACCAGGGGAACAAUACCCGCCCUCAGUCACAAUCCCGCAGUGUUGAGCCUCAAACGAAGGACAGAGAAGAUGCACCGCCCUCAUACUACCAGCGUGGGUCUGCCCAGGAAUACUAUUCCGGAAAAGGGAACUAG